AUGGAGGAUGUGAGGGAAUCUACUGCAGGGAGUGCCACCGGCACUGAAGUCCCCAAGCAACAACAAGAUGUGUCACAACCUCCUCCGAGGAGGGCAACAGGGGUGACCAUCAACGAACCAAUUGGUGCCCCACGAUCUGCUGCUGCACCGGCCCCUCUAGGGAAGGGAAAGAAAAAGGCCUCAGAGCCUACUCUUGAGUCAUCAGAUGAGAACGACAUGCCUGUCGAACGCGCCUUUGAUUUGUACACCAAAUCGGCGAGCAAGAAAAAGUCCCACAGGCGCCAGUCUGGGGAGGGCUGCAGCAAUCCCCCUGUGAAGAAGUCUCGAACAGACGACCCUCCUGCGCCUACUCCAACGAAGGAGACAACUCCUCGACCAGCUCCUUCCAGGGAGGCAACUCCUCCAACUCCAACAAACCCAGAUCCUCCAUCUCCGGUCAAACAGACUCCUCCUCCAGCUCCAGUUGACCCUACGCCUCCAGCAUCCACCGUCCAGCAGUCGGCUGGUCGCCGAGAAGAGGCCUCGGGAGAUGACCUCACGGGUGUGGGGGUACUUACCCUUACUUCUGGCUGGCGGUUUUUGAGGACGCAGAAUGCUCAAUUCGAAAAAAGACUUAGCGAUCAUCUUAGUGCUGCUGAGGCUCGAUAUACCGAGAAACUCAAGGCGGCAGAAGCUUCCUAUGUCGAGCACCUGGAGGCGGUCAAGGCAAAGCAAAUUGAGGCGCUUAGGGAUGCUGAGGUGAAGCAUACCAAGGCCCUCAAGGAGGCUGAGGCAAAGCACCUCGAGGCACUGCAGUACAAGGAGGUCUCGCUCAAUAAUUACCGAGAAGCCCACAAGCUUCAAGAUGAGCUGGAGAUAAGCCGCAAGGAAGUUGCUGCUCUGGAGGAACAGAAUGCCCGCAACCUUGAAGACUAUGAAGGGGCGUCGUUCGAGUGUUUCUACUUGUUCUGGAAAAACAACCCCAAUUCUAACUUCUCCUAUCUUCUAGAACAUAUCAAGGAGGCGGAGCUGGCUAGGUGCGUUACUCGCCUGGAGGAAGAAACAAUUCCAAGGUCUCCAGAGAUUUCUCUAGCAAUCGGCAUCGAAGGCGCCCGAGAAGAGGCUGGGGAUGCAGUCGACCAGCAGCAGCAGAAAUCGCCACAAGACGCCCCGACAACCUCAUGA